CCUCUCUCUCUCUCCACACACACACACCAGUUUCUCCCAGUAUGGCCAAGCUGCUGCCUCUCCAGCCCAGACUGGGACGACUGGUCAUCGGCCGGCGGCCCCACACUGCUCCGGCUGCUACCACCACACACUCAGGAUGGAUCCACACAGGCAGAUUCCAGCCGGGCCGGCAGCUCACCCUGGAGCAGGCGGAGCCUCUGAUCCACGGCAGACUGGCGAGCAUCAGGUCGGCCCUCGUGGCGUUGGACCCCGGCGGUACGGGGCUGGUGAGCAGGGAGGAGUUCAGACGAGUCCUGAAGAACCUGUUGACUGUCGGCCAGAACCAGCUGGACGCCGUCCUCGACGAGGUGUGUGAGGGCGGCGGUGAAACGGUGGACUACAUGCAGUUUCUGAGGCGGUUCAGCCCCCGAGCUCCCCCGGCCCGCAGAGCCAGCAGCAGCAGCAGCAGCGUGAGGCGUGGUCCACAGAACACUCCCAGGUCCCUGUCUGAGAUACAGAAGCAUCUCAAAGAGAAGAUCGGAGGCAACCUGAGGACCGUGAUCAGAGUGUUCGGCCUGUUUGACUACAACCGAGAAGGACACAUCCAGCGGCACGAGUUCCGCCGCAUCCUGGACAACUACUGCAUCCAGCUGACAGACAAGGAGUUUCAGAGGCUAUGGAAUCACUACAGUCCCAAUAACACGUCCAACAUCUCCUACCAACUGUUCCUGGACAAGCUGGGCUUUGGUGACAGCCAUAACUUCAAGAUUGCUCCAGUCUGCACUAAGAUAGAAGUGUCCAGCCGAGGGACGACUCCACCCGAGGGAGUCAAACGGAGGAAGCAGAGAUCUGACGACGCCCCGUCCGUCCUGCCACACAGGAAGCUGCAGACUCUCUUCUACGACAAGAUGUGCGUGAACUCGACCCCGGUGUGGCAAGCGCUGCAGGCCUUUGACACCACCCGCUCCGGCCUGGUGAAACAGGAAGUCCUCAGGGCCGUUCUCAGCAGCUUUAUAUUUCCCAUGAACCCUCACUCCUUCCAGAAGCUGACCAGCUGUUACGGUGUGAGAGCAACGGGGCCAGUGAGGUGGAAACACUUCUUGGGCCACUUCCUGAGCCACGAGGUCAAAGACAAGGGCGACGCAAACCUUCACACCGACAGCAGGGCCUCGGAGCAGCCCGUCCCAGAAGAAGACAACUUGCAUCUCCAGGACUUUUACCCUCGACUGAAAGAGAUUUUCCACCUGCUGGACACGGAGGAGGCCGGUCGGAUCACUAGAGCAGACCUGAGACAUUUACUGGAGAGAUCCGGUGGGACCCGGCCUCGAACUGGACGGUCACAGAUCACAGAGCUGCUCAACGCACUGGACCCAGAACACACCGGGGUCAUCCAGCCGGCCGGCCUGGAGGCACUCAACCCACCACCACCACCAGCCUCGUCUGCUAACGCCGCUGAGCCCCUGGAUGGCCCUGAGGACACUGAACAUGCUGCUGAGGAGCAAAAACCAGCGUCUGAGAGGCAGACCACGCAGCGCGCUGAUAAACUGUCUCUGGCAUCUGCUUCACGGACGAGAGCGGAGCGUUUACUGCUGGAUCGGCUGUGUGAGCAGCUCAGUUCAGUGCUUGCUGCUCUGAAGCUGUGUGACCGUCAGCUCACUGGAUACGUCACACAGGACGACCUGAAGAAGGUCUUGAGCUGCUGUGGCGCGCCCGUCUCAGACACACUCUUCAACAAGCUGUGUGAGACCUCCGGCUCCAGACCCGGCAGCUCUUCUAAGCUGGUUUACUACACCGGCUUUCUCAGAAACCUGGGAGUACCACUAACAGAUGAAACAUCCUCAUCCCAAGAGAAGAGUUACCCGACUGAGAGGCCGUGCACGUCACCUCGGUCGACCCUGCGGUCAGUCAGAGGACGGCGGCAUCCCUCCGGCCUGCAGGUCGGUUCAGACACCUGCAACAUCCUGGACAUUGUUUUCCAGAGGAUGAGAUCAAGAUUAGAGCAACGCCACAGCAGCCUGAGCGACCGCAUCCGGGCCGUCAGCCACAGCUGUGACGGGACGCUGUCAGAGACGGACGUACGGAAGAUACUCGAGGACAGCUGGGUCAUCUUGGACGAUAACAACUUCCGCGAGUUUGCCGAACUUCUGGGCUUCAGGGACGGAAGCAUCGAGCGCUCGGCGUUCCUGGCGAAGUACCACGAGGAGGUCACAUCCAGAGACGGGCAGAAGGAGGACGAGGUCGAGCCCCGGCUCACUUCUGCUGAGCAGUGCCUGGCGGUCCUGAAGACCAGGAUCAAGAUCGUCCACGGGGACAACCUGACAGCGUUCCGACUGAUGGACAGGAAGCGUAAAGGCGUGGUCGACUGCCACGAUUUCAAAGAGCUCUACGGCAGCCUGGGGAUCUUCUGCAGGGAGGCAGAGUACGAGCGGCUGCUGGAUCUGAUCGGCCUGCAUUCCGGCGGCAACCUCAACUACGCAGAAUUUGUCGACGUCGUUGAAAAUAACGGCAAAAAGGGGACGCAAACUGCGUGUGUACGAGAGCAGCUCCAUGACCUCCUGGCCUCUGAAGCCCGCCACAAGUGGGCAGACAUGUCUAAGGUGCUGUGCCAGCCUGACGCAGACGGCCGGGGUUGGAUCCAUAAAAAGAGCUUGAGGGAACUCCUCUUCACCUACGCUCUCCCCAUGAGGUCUGACGAGUUCGACCAGCUUUGGUCGAGGUAUGACCCGGAGAGGCGGGGCCGUGUGGAAGUUUGUGACUUCCUGGAAAAGCUGGGGUUUCAUCACGAAGAGGAACUCGGAGCUCGGAGCCAGAAGCUGAACGGAGCUGUUACCCGGCAGAACGCUGACGGACCAGCGUCCUCUGAUGCUGCAUCACUGGAGUGUUUAGAACAGAUUCUGACGGAGAACUACGAGGGUUUGAGCGCCUCGCUGACUCACCUGGACACGAGGAGAGACGGCACGGUGACGGUGGAGGAGCUGCUGAGCCUGUUACAGACCUACAGCUGCUCCGUCCACAGAGAGCAGCUUGUAAAUCACCUGCGCAGGCUGGAGGUUUCCAUGGAUGAAAACUGCAAGAGGUUAGCAUACAUGGAUUUCCUGUCUGCGUUUGACCCUAAAGCAGAGAAGAAGAAGUGUGAGCGUUCUCCUGCGUCUCCUGAUGCUGUGCACCAGAUAGAGUCCUUGAGCAGCCUCGGUCCGGGCAUGGCUCUGGCUAGGCUGCGAGAACUAGUCACCGCCUCAGCACCUCUUCUGUAUAAGGCGUUCUCGGCCUUUGAUCAGAGCGGGACGGGGACGGUCAAAGCUCUGGAGUUUCGUCAGGUGCUGGAGAAUUUUUGUGCCCGUCUGUCAGACAAACAGUACGGACACAUGCUGACCAAACUGCAGCUGGACCGGGAUAAAUACACCGUUAACUGGAAGGACUUCCUCAACAAGUUUCAAUCACAGAGCCCGCCGAUAUCAGAGAGGUGCCUGAGUAAGACCAGAUCCCCCAUCCAGACCAAGACCUCUGAAAUCCCAACGCGGAUCCAGGAUGUCGUCUCAGGUCGCCUGUACGAAAUCACCAAAGAGCCGACGGAUCUGGACCCCUCCUCCGACAGCACGGCGAUCUCUAAAGAGCAGUUCAGACAGCUGUGUGAUCACCGCUGCCUCAGACUCACGAAUGAUCAGUUUGAGUGUGUGUGGAGUCAGAUGUCUGGGGAUGAGAGGAAGAAGCUGCAGUACGGAGAGUUUCUGAAGCGUUCUGGUGCGCUGGGCGGGACAGAAGCAGGUGGUCCCUCCAACGAUGUCCCAUCGCCUUCCUCUGAGCUCAGAGAAACAGCCUCAGCAACAAAAUCCUGUCGCCCUGAGACUGCAGGUGCAAUUCUGCAACGCAUCAAGUCAGCCCCCCGGUGCAGCCCCAGGCGUCCCGCCUCAGCGGGGGCGCCGGGAACAGGAAGCCUGCCGGGCAGCGCCGAGAGGAGGCUGCGCGGGGCGGUGCAGCGCCGCUGGAAGGAGAUCCAGAGGAAGUGUGCCGAGGGAGAUCCUCACCGAGAGGGACGCAUCGGCGCUACCUCCUUCCUGGAGAUCCUCCGAUCUCUCGGCAUCAGUAUGACUCGGGAGCAGUUUGAACAUCUGGCUGUGAAGUGUGACAUCAUCAGUAAUGGCUGUGUUUCAUAUCACAACUUCCUACGUCACUUCCUCCUGAACUUAAAACCAGCGGAGGCCAAGACGACACGGCGUAAACUCCCUCUUCCUAUCACACCGACGGGCCAGGGUGUUCUGAGCAAAGACGGCGUGGAGGUCAUGCUGAGGAUCCACGACGUGGUUCGCUCCUCCUGGGCCUCCAUCAGACGCUGCCUCCUGACGUGCGACCGCACCCGCGUGGGGAGUGUCUCGGUGCAGGACUUCAGGAAGGUGCUGCGCCACUUCAGCGUCACGCUGUCGUCGGAGGAGUUCUUCCACCUCAGUUCUUAUUUUGACGCCAACACCACGGGGAGGAUCUGCUACAACAACUUCCUCUGGGCCUUCCUUCACUGACCUUCAUUCAGAUGUCUACCAACGGCCCCGAGGCCCCCAGACACUCAGGGGCCCUGGGUUUAGUGUUUGGAAAUAACUUUGUGGUAAUUUGAUUCAUAGAAAAUGUGUUAUAUGUAGGGCUGUCAAAGUUAACGUGAUAAUAAAGUGUUAACGUAAACGCAACUUGUGAAUUUUAAGUCGUAGCGGGCUCUUUUUCUAGCGUCCCCGCAGGGUUUUGAAGCUAGAAACCUGAUGAAUCCAUCGGUACCAACCAUGUCUUACUAGCUUGUCCUGAAGGAGGUUAAAUAACGCUCCAAACUUACGCUAAAU